CCGUCCCCAGCUUGCUCCCGCGGGGUUCUACACGCAAGCUGAGUUCGGGGUUUAUCUCCGCGCCCGUCCUCUCGAGCUCCAAGCCAAUUGUCUUCCGCCUCUCUGCCCUUGCUCAGAAAGCUGUAUAUAUGACCCGACCUUGACAGCGAAAGUAAUCAACCUGUCGGGCUCAUCAUCUCAGAAAUCUCAUCACCACAAAUCCAUAAACUAGCAACUCACUGUCCUUCCUCCUCUGGUCAACGACCUCCCUUUACGAAUUAUAAAAAAAAGAUUAUCCACACAUGUCAGGCUUCACGGGCCUUCGUUCAGUCACGCUCAUCACCGCUGCGUGCCUCACUCUUGUGCUUCUGCGACAAGGCGCUUUCUCUCCGUCACCACUUGCAGACAGCGACAUCUCGCCAUCCGUCAACAUGGCCUCAGACCCGGUUCCAAAACUUGACCUCAGCCUCCGUCAGAUUGGCACCGAUCCGCCCACGCUAGCCGUCAAGGUAGUCAACAACAACGAGGGACCCGUCACCAUCCUGACCUGGGACUCGCCGCUCGAUCACGCGGCUCUCCCGCUCGGCCUGAUUGAAAUCACACCUGAGGGCGCCUCGGCACCGCUUGAACUGCAGACGGUGCAGCUCCGCCGCAUCACGCCACCAGGGCCCGAUUCACUCGUCGAGAUCGCCGCCGGGGAGUCUGCUGAGAGUGAAGUGCUCUUGAAACAACCUACCGUGAGCGAGGAUGAUAUUUUUGCUGGCAAAGACACGGCCACUGUAGUCAUGAAGGGAACUUGGAUGGCUGUGUGGGGCAGCGCUAGGAAGGACAUAAGCGAUGAUGAAAUAGACAGGAAGGAGAAGAGCUUUGGGGGAAGCUUCCAAUCUAAUGAUCUGAAAAUUCAGAGGGAGAUGUAAUACCCGGGAUAGUUGCUGUAUAAAUAUCGCCGCAGCUAUUGUUAUUUUAACUGAACUAAAUAAAUUCCCUGGCUAAUAAACUGGGACACUGUCACGACCGGGGACUGGGUACAGGCUAAGCACACGUUAACCAACAAAAUAUAGAGCAAUAAUACAGCGUAUAAUAAUCUACAAUAGCAUUUGGAC